AUGCCUCGACGUACGAAAGCUCCGCCUCAGCCUAGUCCCGCCCUUGAUAGUGGGGUCUUCGACAUCCAGGCAAAGGUGGCCAAGGCAAUUGGCGGAAGUCGGUCCAGUGGCGAACUCGUCUUCACGGUCCAUACCGGCAAGAAGGAUUCGAAGAAAAAGCCUUAUACCGGCACCGAUGAGUUCGCUCAUACCCACAAGGGAACAGACUUCAGACUGGUGGACGAUUUGAUCGACGCCUGGAAGCGCGAGUUUGCGACCGAGCCGAAAGAUAAGCGGAAGCCAGACGAAUCUAGUGCUGCUACCCUUUCCAGUACAGCAGAAUUCACAGCAAACCCUACACAGCCCUCGAGCACCUUCGUUGCAACCGAUAGCUCAUGGUCAACGAACAAUUGGACGAUUGAGCAAUUCGUUUUCGCGAAUUUCAUGAAGGAGGGGCCUUCUAUAAUUCUAUCUCGGCGUAAUUUUGGGUGGCGAGUGGCUGAAGUCGCCCUCGCACAUCAAAUCGUGCGAUACCCCAAUAGCUGUACAAUCGCUUCCCGCAUCAGCAUAAGUUACAACAAGUACAACAUGUCUCCUCAGAAAAGCAACCCUCAGAAAGUUUCGCCUUCCGAAGUAAAAAUCUGGUUGGCAAAAAUCCAGACGGCUGUUAGACAAGCUGGCGAGCACGGAGCGAAGAUCAUUGAAGGUGAUUGCGAUACUUUCUUGCCUGCUCAUCGGUUGCUGAGUUUCUGGUACAUUACAGCAAGCAGACCGAUGGGGUGUGUAGCGGGUUUCCAGGUCAACCUCAUCCCGAAACAUCACGAACUUCCAGGUCCAGGUCUUACCAAGGACAAUAUCACUGUGCCCGAUGGUCGAGUGGUGUACGUAUCCGUUUGGUACCAUCCUGAGAAGUCACCCAAAUCAGUCCUCGAUUCCAUCCGAGAGGCUCUCAAGCUUGACGGCCCUGCGGCCGAUGAUGCGCAGCCCGUCUCCCCCGAUACGCCAAACCAGGAAGAUCCCGCCGAUUUCGUCAGGGAUCCAGACAUGGGAGAUCCAGAGGUAGAAGCAUCAGAACUCAGCUUCGUCGCAAACGGAUCUGACGACUUUUGGGGAGGAGUCUCAUCUGACGCAGAGUCUGAUUCUGAUGCAUCUGAAAGAUGGGAUAAAAUCACCGACUUAGACCUCCGUGGCUAUGAUACAGACAACAGCAUGUUCAGCGCUCCUGCGACGAAAUAG